GCCGCGUUUCAUUUUCAUCCGUAUGUAUCAGGACGGCGUUAGAUGGGAUCGGAUGCUCUAUCGAAGUUGACCAGGGCCGGUGAAACGGCCUGGAAAUCAUUCCAGACCAGAUGGUUCGACAGGAAGAAGGGACCGCCGCCUGAUGCAGAGCUGGCGGAAGCUAUUCGCCAGAAGAACCUAUAUCUCCGCCAAAUCGCAGCGAAGAUCACUGGCAACUCGGAAUCAGAGGUACCUCCGCUGAUAUGCACACCGCAAGCGCCGGGCCGUGCGGUCUUCCUGAUCACGACCCCAAUCGCGUUCGGCAAGCUCGAGGUCUCAAAGAAGACCUACGAUCUUCUGGCAAAACACGUUGGCAUGAGCAUGAACAGUGUCUCCCACUGGGCUGUGGUUGUCGUUGAUCGUAGCCUGGGACCCACUUACACUUACGACCUCAUGAGCGACCAACUUAAAGUCCAGAUGCUGAUGAACAACUACUUCCGCGUUUACGAGGCCUCAGAGGAAUUUAUCGCUUCAUGGAGUUCGUGCUAUUAUGUAGGCGAGACAUUGAAGAGCCACGAAGAGAUCCAGUAUCUUGGCGAAGGCUUCAUCGCCGCAAAUAAGCGGUACAAUCUACUAUCUAACAACUGUCAACACCUCACAGAGAACCUCGUGAGAGAGCUCUGCAACGGCAAGAUGAUCAACCAAACCAAGCUUGAAGAAGAGAUACGCUUGAUCUCGCCAAAGAUCGCGCGUGACCUCAUGGUGACUAGGCUGAGGUCGAAGCUUGAGAAGGAGGACCAGAAAGAGGACAGCGAGUCGGUGCAGAAUGAUGUCUUCACGAUUAAGGAGCUGUGGGGCAGGAUCAAACAUUAGGAAGCGCAGAUGGUACCCUACCCAGAGCCUUGGAAGCUAUAUUGAGUAAAGCUCUCGCCCUAGCCUAUGCUAUCCUGCUACCUAAUCGUAAUACAAAUGGCAAAGUUUCGUAACGAUGCCACGAACCCUGUAUUGGUUGGGUCAUUGAAGCAAGC